AUGUCUCCACCAUUUGCUUUGCAUAGCAUAGUUUCGCUCAUUAUUUUUAUAGCAUGCUCAACACCGGUCAUUGCCGCCGCCAGUAAUGUAACUAGUAACGCUAGCGAGUCCCAAUAUAAGGGAGUGAGCAUUGGAGGGUGGCUAGUUCUUGAACCUUAUAUCACACCUUCGUUGUUUAAUCAAACUCUCAACUACAACGAGACGUGGGAAGAUCUACCGGUGGACGAAUACCAUUUUUGCGAAAAGCUAGGCGAGCAGGAAGCCCGCAAGAGACUAGAUGAGCACUGGAGCACUUUCUACAACGAGACCGAUUUCCAACAGAUUAAAGACCACGGCUUGAACAUGGUGAGAAUUCCUAUCGGGUAUUGGUCAUUUGAGAAGCUAAAAGACGACCCCUAUGUUGCAGGCGCGCAAGAGUACUUGGAUAAAGCACUUGAGUGGUGCUCCAAUUGGGGGUUGAAAGUGAUGAUUGACUUACAUGGUGCUCCCAAUACCCAGAAUGGGUUUGACAACUCGGGGCUUCGAAAUAUCGGCUAUCCCGGAUGGCAAAACAAGACCCAGUAUGUGAGUCACACUGUAGAUGUCUUGGCUCAGAUAUACGCCAAGUAUGGACAGCGCAAUUACAGCGAUGUGGUUAUUGGCAUUGAGAUCUUGAACGAACCGUAUGGGCCAGGGUUGGACAUGAACAAAGUUGAAAAAUUUUACCUUGAUGCUUAUAAUGACGCCAGGGACAUCCAAGAAGUCAACAAUACAAUUUUCUUCCACGAUGCUUUCCAAAAUAUCCAAUACUGGGAUGACUUUUUUGACAAGGGAAAAAUCAAAUAUACAAACACGUCCAGCAACCGAACGGUGACCGAGUCAGCAGAUUUCUACAACCUCAUAGUCGACCACCACCAUUACGAAGUUUUUGCUCCGUCGGUUGCAGACAAUCUAUCCCAGCAUUUGCAAAACAUCAAAAACUACGCAGAUGCAAUCAGCAACGAAACACACUAUGCCAUAGUGGGCGAAUGGUCAGCAGCAUUGACCGAUUGUGCACCUUGGCUUAAUGGGAUUGGGCUAGGUUCAAGAUACGAAGCCACGCCCCCGUAUGAUAGUGAAGAUGGCGGCGGGUUCAAACGCGUGGGUAGCUGUUCCGUUGUGAACAAACCGCUAUCGAAAUGGUCAAAGACACAAAAAAGGGACUAUCGGAGAUUUAUAGAAAUGCAAAUGUACCAGUACGACAAGAGGAUGAAUGGGUGGAUUUUCUGGUGUUGGAAAACCGAAGGCGGUGCCAUCGAGUGGGAUUUCAGACAGUUGGCUGCGGCUGGGAUCGUGCCCCAGCCUUUGGACGAUUAUAAGUACAUCAAGAACGGCGUCGACACUAGUUCUGCUUUGGCUUUGCCGCCGCCCAGCUACAGACUAAUGACUGCUGCUGUUUUCAUCUUGGGAUCAUUGACAUUAUAG